AUGUUCCCAUUGAUUUUUAAUAUCGCCUGUCUUCGAGUUUUCAACUCCAUAUUUGAAGAUUAUCAUUCACAUCCUAAAUAUGAAUUCAAAUAUGGUGUAAAGGAUUCCAAGACAGGAGAUAUUAAAGACCAAUGGGAACAUCGUGAUGGCAAUCAUGUUAAAGGCAGCUACACUUUAAAAGAAGCUGACGGCACAACUCGUGUGGUUGACUAUCAUGCCGACAAACAUAAUGGUUUCAAUGCUGUUGUAAAGAAAAUUGGUCAUGCUUAUCAUCCAGAAAUUCAUCAUCAUCAUACAUACCAUCAUGGUGGUUUGGAAGGUGGCCACGGCGAUCAUGGACAUGGACAUGCAACCAGUUAUGUCAAUUUCCACUUACAUUAA